AUGAGUAAUCAAUUAGAAGCUUUCUCUGAUGAUAAGAUCCCACCAGCAGAAAAGAUUUCAACUCCUAACAAGCCAAAAGAUUUGAAUGCUAUAAAAGGUUUUGAAUGGUGGAGAAGGACUAUGCAAUAUAAGACAGGUCUUGGACUAGACGAGAAAGAAAAGUUAAGGUAUGAAAAUGAUCUUGCUUAUAGGAAACAAGACAUAGGAUGUCAGAAAUGCUAUGAGUAUAGAGAUUGGGUGUUGAAAUAUUCACCAACUGUUAGGUUUAUGAUGGAAUCUAUAGAGAAAGUCAAUAAAAUUCAAAACGGUUAUCAAGCAACUGAUGAUUCACUGGAUAAUAAUGGGCAAUUUAAAUUUGAUACUUCAAAAAUUAUUUGUGAAAUAUGUCCUGAAUGGAAAAGUGGUGGAUUUAAUCCACAAUUAGGUAUUUUGUUAUGUCAAAAUCGUCUACGAAGUAAAUCUCACUUAGAAGACACAUUAGCGCAUGAAUUGGUUCAUUAUUUUGACAAUUUAAAAUGGAAUGUAAAUUGGCUAGAUUUAAAACACCAUGCAUGCUCUGAAAUACGAGCAAGUUCUUUGAGUGGGGAAUGUAGAUUUAUGGAAGAAUUUUUCAGAAGAGGACUUGGCGUUACUUUAGCUAGAGGUCACCAAGAAUGUGUGAAAAGAAGAGCUAUAUUAAGUGUCAUGGGUAAUCCAAAAUGUGCUGAUAAGAAGGAAGCUGAAAGAGCUGUGAAUCAAGUAUGGGAUAGUUGUUUUAAUGAUACAAGGCCAUUUGAGGAAAUAUAUAGAUAA